AUGCCGACGGCCAUCCUGUGCGAGGCGCAGACGCCGACGGCGGCGCCGGCCUACCUGCCGGCGGAGCUGGGCGGCGCGGACCUGGACCUGCUGGCGCGCGCGGGCCUCAUCGAGAACCGCUCCGCGCCGCCGGCCUCGGUGUCGGCGGCGGCCGCGGCGGUGGCUGCGGCGGCGGCGUCCUCGCGCCCCGCCUCCCUCUACGACCAACUCUUCCACCAGCAGCUGCUCCAGGCGCUGGGGGCGUACCGGCCCCCGGCCUUCUACCCGCCCGCCGCGGCGCCGCCACCGCUGUACGGCGCGCCGCCCGCCUACCGCGUGUCGCAAGCCUCGAGCUAUUCGGGCUCGCCGGUGCUGCCCCGCGCGGCCGCCGGCGGCGCCACCGCCGCCCCGGAGCCUGACCCGCCGCCCGAUCGCCAGCCGUCCCCGCUGCAGCCCAAGCACAAACAGCAGCAGCAGCAGCAGGCGGCGGGGGCGUCGCCGACGCGGCCGCGCAAGCCGGCGCUCGAGGCCACCUUCAUCAAGCCGCUGCCCCACACGGUGAUCGUGGCGUGCGCCAGCGACGACCUCGCGCCCGUCUCUUCCUCCACGACCUCCCGCCGCAAGAACACCAACACGCUCAAAGUGGGAGGCGAGGGCGCGCCCGCCGGCCGCCUGCUCAACGGGCCGCCCCUCAUCUCGCGCUCUACCAGCGAGAAGGUGCCCCACCGCUCCGAGCUCAUGUCGCAGCUCACCGUGUCAGAUAAGGUGAGCCGUUGGUUUGAACUGCAGCCCUCGUUGUCUCGACCAGAAAGUGGAUUUGUUGAUGAACAACCCGAACACCAUCGCGUCGACUGGGAUGCCGCUGAAGCUUUACUUCUGAAACGACUUAGAUCUGGGCGCAGACGCCACAGAAUUCCAGGUUUACGAUUAGGUCGUGUGACAACCUUCUGACGAUUGUAAUAAUUAUACAGCACAACUGGCCAUAAUUUCAUAAUUAUAUUGCUGUAUAACUUUCUGCUCCUUUCUUACCCAAGGAAAGGUGACUGAAUGUAGAUCUUUUAAAUUCAGAAACAACUAACCAAUGGUAAAUGCAUUUAAGUGAUCUGAAUUUCUACACUUUUUGUCAGUUUUGUUUUAGUAUUAUACUUUAUUGAAGGCUGAAAAACAAGAUAGUUGCUAGGCCUGAUUCCUUCCAUACAACCAUUUCAAUUGCAUUUAUUUUUUACUUCAGCUUGUAUAUCAUGCUUAUCUUCCCAUUUAUGUAAGACAUUUCUUUUUAAAUGUGCAGUUGUACCACAGACACAUUUUUCUUUGUCAUGCAAUCUUUUAUUAUCACUAUCUUUACAUUACCAUCUUCAUUGACAGUUAUGUUUAAACAUUGUUUUUACCUAACUUCUCUUCUAAAUACUAUGCAAGACUUUAUAUAAAGCAUUCAUUACAAAACUCUUUAAAUAAUAAUAAUAAUAAUACUUUCCAGUGCCAAAGAAAUGAAUUUUCAAGGUGCAUUUUUCAUUGAUCCAGUCAUGUUCAAUUAACGUUAUAUGAACAGUAUUACAUAAGUAAUUAUAUAAUUCUUCUGUACAUUUUUAUGUCCAUCUGUCCUGUUUAAAUACCCAGAAUGCAGAAAUAAUAUUAAGAUAGAUGACAAUCAGUGUGUUGUGACACACAUCUUUUACAUGCAGUUCCAUGACAGUAGGUCAUGUUAUAUUUUUAUAUAAUUAGAAUAAGAUAAUUUUAUCAAUAGUAUGCAAUUUGGAGACUGAAACAAGGAAGUCGCAAUAUGUUGAAUGUGACAUUUUAGUUCUCAAAUUGUUCUUUAAAGUAAGCGUACACUCUUACGGGUCUGCUUUCUUGAGAAAAUAGGCUAAGUGAGAGUAAUAUUUUUAAAACAAACAAGGAAUGUAUUUUAUUGACUAGGCUCUCUAAUCACUUUGACGUAGAAAUCCCUUAAACUUUACUUAAGUCUUCUUCAAAGCACUGAUUCGUUGGUUUUUUUUUUUUUUUUUUUUUUUUUUUUUUUUUUUUUUUUUAACUAGAAUGCUCAUUUUUCAUUAUGAAAGAAGACUUUAUUCAGUAGAAAACAAAUGCAGAAUCUUUAAAUUUAUAAUUUUUGUAUUUUAAUAGUCAAAUUACUUUAGAAAUAUCGAUUUACUUUUAAAUUUUAGUUUAGUUAAAAACAUUAUAUUUAUUCUGUUAAGACCAAUGAUUUACCAUUUUAAUGAAACUUAAGUGUCUCAAAUGUAACAUUAAGUUUGUAAAAAAAAUAAAAAUU